AUGAAACAAAACGCCCCUACGUCUGUGCGAUACGACGGCAUCUCGUACACUCAACCGUUGCCCGUGGACCGGAAAAGGAAACGUCAGGAGCCCAUUAGUCCCACUAGCUCCAAGCUCGUGCUACUGGCCGAGUCCAGCAGCGAUAUCUCCUCCCACGACUCCCUAGCCGAAUUUGUCAAACAGGAUUGGUUCAUUGAACAACAGAACCAACUUCGAGAGAUCCGUCGGGUCCGUCAGAUCCGAUACCGAAAGAAACAGCAGGACUACAUGGAGACUAUGGAGGAGAACAACCGCCACCUCCAGCAAGAAAUCGACAAGCUAGAAGAACGACGUAGAGCGGUUGCUGCUGCGGUGCCCUCUAAAAAGACGCUGUGGUACGUGGCCGUCGAGUACUUCCGUCUGUUCCGGUACGGUCUACGCGCCUCCGACUUGUCUGAUAGGUCGCGACGUCUGCUUGCGUCCAAGCUUCUGGACCAGUCCAUCGCUAUUCACGGCUCGACGCGUUUUGAUUGGGAUAUCGGAUACGGUCGCGUGACGAGUGUCAUCAGCGAGUCAGAUAUGUUGACACCGAUGCUGCAAGUUCUAGGGAGAUUGGAUGGUUAA